UUGUACUUUAAGUGAUAUAAAUACUGGUGUCUGAAUUUGGAUCAGUAUCAAAUCUUGUUUAACCAUCUUCGCUAGAAGACCAAUAAGGAUAAUUUAACUCCUUUGAGUUUUGUGAUAAAUAAAUAAGUUUUAAAAUAUACAAAAUGAAGUGCUUUGCAACGAUAGCUGUUUUGGCCUGCGUCGCUUUAGUAAGAUGCGAACCUCCGUUACCACAAAAUUCAUAUCUUCCACCAAAUCAACAAUCUACCGAGCCAUCAAAUAAUUACCUGCCACCCACUCAGUCAUACCAAUCACCUGCUAACAAUUAUCUACCACCCCAAAGGAGUCAAGCCUCUGGUGCUGCGCCUCAAAAUUCAUAUGCCGCUCCAGGUGUUACGUCAGCGAUCUUUUCGAAACAACAACAGGGUGCCUAUCCAUCGGCCAACCAGGGAUAUCCAAACUCAGGAUAUGGUGCAGGUAGUAACAAUGGCUAUGGUAACGGAAACGGAAACGACGAAGAGAACUACGGUCCGGCAAAAUACGAAUUCAAGUAUGACGUUCAAGACUACGAGUCCGGUAAUGAUUUCGGUCACAUGGAGUCACGAGAUGGAGAUAGAACUGUUGGUCGUUACUACGUUUUGUUGCCUGAUGGCAGGAAGCAAGUUGUUGAUUAUGAAGCUGAUCAAAACGGAUACCGUCCAACUAUUACUUACGAGCAAACUGGAAACGCUUAUAACAAUGGUGCACAUGGUGGCAGUGCUGGUGGUCGUGGUGAUGGUGGUUUCAGUGGAUACGACUCAAAUGCCCAAAGUAAAUACCAAGGAUAUAACUAAAAGACAAAAUGAUCAUCUUACAACCUCUUGGUUCACCCAACAUCCAAUCUAGUAUCCUUCUUAAGGAAAUCCCGUCGACAUUCAGUGCAUGAUGUUUAAGGUUAAUUUCCUUGUGUUGAUUAUUUGCAUUUUUCUUUUGUUUUUUUUUUUUUUAGUUUGGUUUGAUUUUAUUUUAACAUGACGAUAUUUAUAUAUAUAUAGCUCCUUUGAUUUAUGUUAUUUUGUAUAGAAUUUUUAUUUUCUUUAUUAUAACAUGUGAAAAGGUUAACACACAAAACCACAUUACAAA